AUGGAUCACCUCAGGCACGGGUGGCGCAAUGCGCCACAGAGGCCCCAGAGGCGAGCACCUGCUGUGUCUGCGGCUGCAGUGGCUGUCCAGAUCGCUGCAAUGCCCCAGCAGUGGCAACGACUGAGCUCCGCAGUGGUUGAUGCUUAUAAUAUAAUGGGGAAAAAGAAAUUUUAUCAUCAAAUUGUGGAAGAUGAGCGUCUUUUCCAGAAGUUCAAAGUAACUGAUAUAAGAGAUAUUGUCACCAUGCAAGAUUACAUGCAAUAUUCCAGUUUUCUGGAUAAGACCCCUGCGUCUUCUGGUGGCAGAAGUAACUACUGGCGAAAAUUAAGCCUUGAAAACAUUCCCAGGACAAUGAUAAUAUAUGACAUAGUUGAUUAUGCAGAGUCUGGAGUAAUCUCAAACCGUCUACAAAAAGAAAUGAAGUAUCUGUUACAGAGACCAAAAACAGAAGAGAUGCGUCAGCACCAGCUACGGAUUGUUUCUGAAAUUAGGUGGCCAUCCUCAAGUUUUCAACCUGUGUAUCGGCCAUACAAACAAAGUCAAGUUAAACAUCUGGGUCGUCGAUCCAAGCAAGCUCAAAUGAAAGUUGAAAAAAUGAGAAAAACUUAUUUGGCUAAAGAAAAAAAUGUUUCUGAAGUGUCUGAACCACGAAUGGACACACCAGAUACAAAGCAACGACACACAAUAGUCAUCUCCACGCCAUCUUUUGACAUUGUGAAAGUUAAUGAAUCUACGUCAGACAACGAAUUGGAAAAAGAAAAGAAUUUAUUUGCCUGGCAUCAAGACAUGUGUAUGG